AUGUCGUCACCCUUCUCUAUAAACGGCGGCGCCUGCGUAGCCAUGGUAGGCAAGGACUGCGUCGCCAUAGCCUGCGAUCUGCGUCUCGGCCUGCAAGCCCUCACCGUCUCCAACAAUUUCCCCAAGAUCUUCCAGUACGGCGACGUAUACCUAGGGCUCACCGGCCUAGCCACGGACGUGUCCACGGUGUCGGACCUGUUCCGGUACAAGGUGAACAUGUACCGCCUGCGCGAGGAGCGCAACAUCGCGCCCACCACAUUCGCCAACCUCGUCUCCUCCUCUCUGUACGAGCGCCGCUUCGGCCCCUACUUCGUCAGCCCCGUCGUCGCCGGCCUCGAGCCCAAGUCCGGCAAGCCCUUCAUCUGCGGCUUCGACUCCAUCGGCUGCAUCGACUUCGCCAAGGACUUCAUCGUCAGCGGCACCGCUUCCGAGCAGCUAUUUGGCAUGUGCGAAAGCUUGUGGGAGCCCGAUCUAGGUCCUGAUGACCUGUUCGAAACAAUCUCGCAGGCUCUGCUAAGCGCCGUCGACCGAGAUGCUUUAUCAGGCUGGGGUGCGCAUGUGUACAUUAUUGAGAAGGACAAGGUCACCAAGCGAUUACUAAAGGGCCGACAAGAUUAA